UGCAAACAGCUCUGCGUCCGCCGGGUCCAUGCACUCCUCUCCUGCGUCCUCUGCGCGCCUCUAGCUCCUCCAACCAACCAUGGGGGAAAACGACGACAGCGAGAUCAUAGAGCACCAUGUCGAGGAGGAGAUGGAAAAGAGGGCGAACAGGAGUCACACCGCUUCCUCCUCCUUCCUGGAGAGUGUUACUCCGUCCGACAGGGAGGGCCACAGCGGCACCCAGUCCUCCCACAGACUGCUGGCCUACAGCGAUGCGCUCAUCUCCAUCAUAGCCACCGUCAUGAUAUUGCCUGUCGCUCAUACGAAGGUGGAAGAUAAUGAGGAACUCAGACAAAGUGUUCAAGUCCUGCUGACGACAAAGAUCGCUGUUUACUUAAUGACAUUUCUAAUUGUGACUGUGGCGUGGGCGGCUCAUAUCAGGUUAUUUCAAGUGAUUGUAAGAAUUGAUGACUGCCUCGCUCUGCUCAACCUCGCCUGCAUGAUGCUGAUAACCUUUCUACCAUACACAUUCUCUCUGAUGGCGACGUUCCCUGAACACGUCCUCGGGAUUUUACUGUUUUGUGGUUGUGUGAUGGUGAUGGGAGUCAUUCAGUCGCUGAUCGUGCUGUACGCCUUCAGUCGUCCCUUCCUACUAAACGAGCAGAUCCAGAUCUCAGAGAAUCAGGCGUUCUACAAACAACACAUACUCAAAGUCAUCAUGAGGGUUCCUAUCAUGUGUUUAUUUGCCAGCAUCUUCUCCUUCAUCUUCUUCCAGCUGUCGUACGUGCUGUUAGCCAUCGUCAUCUUCCUGCCGUACAUCUCCCAGGGUUUGAAGUGGUGUCGUAACAAAGCCAUCGGUCAGGUGGAAGAGACUCCAGACUCCAUGUUGUUCUACACGUACCUGCCCAACGAACCCCUCACUAAAGAGCGAGUGGAGGCUUUCAGUGACGGAGUUUAUGCCAUCGUAGCAACGCUUCUCAUCCUGGACAUAUGCGAGGACAACGUUCCCGAUCCGGCGGUUGUCCAGAAGCAGUUCGGCGGCAGCCUGAUCGCAGCUCUGCAGUCCUACGGUCCCGAGUACCUCGCCUACUUCGGCUCCUUCGCCACCGUCGGCCUCCUCUGGUUCGUCCACCACUCGCUCUUCCUCCACGUCACCAAGACGACGCGCUUCAUGGGCCUGCUGAACACUUUAUCUUUGGCGUUUGUCGGAGGUUUGCCGUUAGCCUACCAGCUGACGCACGAAUUCCCGCGCAACUCCCGCAACGAACUGGAAGCCAUUCAGAUUAGCUGCGUCAUCAUUUUCUUCGCGGGCAUAUUUCAGCUCACGAUUUGGGUCGUCGCUCUGUAUAACGAGCAGGAAACCCUGCACCCGUAUGUACGAUAUGGCGGACGCGAGCACGUGUUUAUGCUAGCCAAGCUGGCGUUGUACCCCUGCGUAGCUCUGGGGACAUUUUUCCUCACGUGCAUUUUGAGUAAAUUUAGCGCCUCAAUUUUCCACCUGAUGGAAAUCACGGUGCCUUUUGCUUUUCUUGUGUUGAGGCUGUUGGUGCGCGUUGGGCUAGCGUUGCUACGGCUCAUUUUCUGCCCCGAUAGAUCCGAGCCAAAGACUGCGAUAGAACAGGAGGAGGAGGAGGCGAGAGUGCCCUUUAACCCUAUCGUUACUUAGCUACGAGGGAAAUAAGUGCCAUGUGAAAUUAAGAUAAUCGUGAGGCUUCGCUACAAACGCUCGGUCUCUCCGAAAGAGUUACUGGUUAUGUUCCAUUUGACUUCUUCUUCUCCGUCCAGCUCGUAGCUUUUGAAUCAAAUGGGAAGUAGGUUGCUCUCUUUAAGCCUGGGUUCAAAUUCUUCAGAAGUAAUCAGUGAACGAAGGAUUCGGAUGUGAACAAGUUGAAGGUGAAGUUGAGGUUUAUAAAGACAGGUAAAAGGACGAGAAGCUAUCGACACUUGACAGCCAAAGUUAAUUUAAUUUUAUACUAAAUGCUGAUUUUGAUUAGUAUAAGCCAUCAGAAAUCAUCGAGCGGACUUGAAUGUAGAUUAUCUUCAAGCACACAAAUGCUUAUUAUUUAAACUUUAAACCUCUAAAUUAGGGGUGUCAAACUCAUUUCAGUUCCACAUGCAGCCCAAUUUCAUCUAAAGGGGGCCGAACCAGUAAAACCAUUGCAUAAUAACCUAUAAUAUAAUAUAUAAUUGAUAUAAUACAUAUUAUAACUUUA